GCGAUGGAUGCGUUUACUCGUGGGGAAGAGGAAUGUUCGGGCGUAUCGGCACGGGGAGAGAGACGGACGAGCUCGUUCCAGCUCGAGUCGAGUUCGAGUCCCCGGAUCGAUCGGCCGCUCGAAUCGUUGGUAUUGCUGCUGGUGCUUAUCAUAGCCUCGUUGUCUCGGAACCAAAAGAGUUUAUCUGAGAACUGAUGACUGUGAAUGAUGAUGAAAGCAUUUAUGUGAGAUAUGAUACGAAGAGGCCGGCCCUGAGAUUUUGAGGAGGCUAUAGACGAUUGAAUAAAGAUUUCAAUAGCUUGGAGCCUGAAAUGUUUUUGAGAAAUUCUCUAGUAUUCAGAAAAAUAGCCUUCAAGUAAGAAAAUAACCAAAAUAAGUUUUAUUAAAAGGUAAAAAUGUAUUUUUACUCAUGGUUAACUAAUCUAGACUUGGUUUUAGAGCUAGAGGUGGUGUUUUGGGUAUAUGGUUUCAAAUUUUAAAAAGUAAAAAAUAAAUAUUACAAAUUUCAAAAUAAAAAAGAGCUAUUUUGGUCAUUUUCUUUUUUGAGAGAUAUUUUUGUGACAAAAACUUAAAAAAUGCUAUUUGAGAGAAUUGCCCAAUGUUUUUCUACAAAUUUUGGGGCUCAAGUAUAUAUAGUUUUUUAAAAAGAAAAUUUGGAGACCUGAGGCUAAUAUUUCAUUCGGCUUGGUCCAGGACCGGCCUUCAUACGAACAUAAUCUUGUAUUUUAUAUGAUAUAUGGAUAUGUAGUGACCAUUCUCUUGUAAGGUUUUGGCAGAUGAUGGCUCGGUUUGGUCUUGGGGCUAUAACAUUUAUGGCCAACUUGGUUUUGAUGGGGAGAACACCUUGGCUCCACGCUUGAUAAGUACUUUCUUUGAACAAGAUGUAUCUAGUUCUUCUCUUAAUGAUCCAGAUCGAGAAGCUACAUCAGAUUUCAAGGUUUGCGCUGUCAAGGCUGGAUCAAUGAUGUCGCUGGCCAUUGAUAACGCCGGAGGGCUUUGGAUGUGGGGCAACGUUCCGCCACAAGACAGUGGACCUGAGCCUCGUUUGUCUUUCACAAGCGUCCCGGUUCCAUUUUUAAUACCUGAGUUCCAUGGCCGGACUGUUUUGAAGGUAGCGUGUGGGGAUGAGCAUGUUGUUGCUCUUGUUGGUUCUAAGGAGACCCAAGAAUCUGCGUUGUAUUCUUGGGGUAAUAACCAUCAUGGUCAGUUAGGGCGUGGGGAUGGAGAGAGCCGCGCAAGGCCUCAGGUUGUGGAGACGUUUAACCAGAACUCUGGUCUUACAGUCUACGACAUAGCUUGCGGUGCUCAUCACACAGCUCUUCUCACAUACAGGAAGGAUGCACCGAAUGGACCAAGCGUUUGCUGGACGUUCGGGUUUGGAGAAAACGGUCAGCUUGGGCGUGGGAGCACCAAGAGCUCACCGGUUCCAGAGCCAGUUUCAGAGCUCCCGGAACAUGCUCACUUAGUUUCCGUAGACUGUGGGUUGUUCCACACGAGCGUGGUGUCGUCCGAGGGAUACGUGUGGUCAUGGGGGAUGGAGAGGGGACUAGGGCUAUGCCCCGAUGUGAAUUUCUCAGAAGUUGAAGCAGGAGACGACAGUGUACCGAGAAAGAUAACCGGUGGGUCAAGAUUCCGUGACCCGGUUCAGGUUUCUUGCGGAGCUGCGCAUACAGUUCUCGUGGCGAACGGUGGUUACAAGCUGUGGUCUUGGGGAAGAGGAAGAAACGGAGUGCUCGGGACGGGCAAUGUUAUGGACUGUUAUGUUCCCACCCCUGUCUUCUGGCCGACGAAUGAGCUGAAACAGGACAGUGAAGAAGCACCUAAACCUGAUGAUGGUGACAAAAGCUCAUCAACGGAGGAGAUUAAACAGCUACAGACAAAGCUAAUGGUGAUGGAAAGAUACGCAAGCAUACUUCAUGGAUCCAUAUUUGGAAAGCCUUUCAACGAAGAGGAAGACAUUCCGUAUUCGUUACGGGUCUCUGGGUACUUCGAUAUGGGGAAAGAGUGGGGAGAGAUGCUGGAGAGUGCUGAUAAGAGUCAGCUUAUGAGGCUUCAAGCUUUCUAUGAGGAUAUGAUUAGUAGGGUUAAGGAUAAGGUGUUGCAGAGAAGGAUUCAGGAGAUUAUGAAAGAUUGUCUUCAAUCAUCAGCCCCUAAACACUAGUGUAAUAUCACUUGCUGUUGUGCUAAAAAUAAUAGCGUCACUUGAACCGAAGCAGAGAACAUAUGUACUUAGAAAUCAUUUUGAAUGAUUUACUAAAAUUUACUUAA